AUGGCUGGCAAUGACUGGCCGCCAUGGGAACGUUUCAAUGAUUGGGUGCAUUCGAUCUGUGUGGUCACAUUCGAUUUGGAGUUGGGACAGGCUCUUGAGGUGAUCUACCCAGGUGACGCAGUUCUGAGCACGCAAGAAAAGACGAAUAUCUGCUACUUGGCAUUCCCGGACUCGAACAGUGGUAAUACCAAGGACACGAAUUUCCAUUUCCGCAUAAGAAGAGGAACGACUGAAAUCACUUCCUCUCAAAGGACACUCUUAGAGUGCUCUUCCCAUGCGGCUUCAUUUGAUCCCAGCUAUCUUUAUGGAUUUGUGCAUUUUCGACAGCAAAAAGAUGCUUCCAUUCAUCGUGGAUACUAUCAGAAGAGCCUUGUGUUGAUCACGAUUCUACCUUUCUUCAAUCUUUUCUCUCUAGUUAUCGAGAGAAUCGCUUUGCAGUUCUUCGAAAACGGAGAGCCUGCUAUUGAAGCUGCGUGUCACGACAUGGAUCAGUGGCCAUCGCCCUGUGUUGGGGAACCACUAUCACUGCCGUUGCUAGGCUCUCUUCUCCGAAUACGUAUUCCCUGCAGAGCUGACUUACCGUUGGACUUUCGCCUAGUUCCAACCCUGAAGGAUAUCACCGGUAGCAAUAUGGAUACCGUGGUUUUGACAUCCGUUCAUCAAGUGGAUAUGUACAAAGCACUUCAUACUGUUGUUAAUCAUCUUCAGUUGCUGUGGGAACUAGUGCUACUGGGAGAGCCUCUACUGGUUAUGGCUAAUACCCCGCAACGUUGCUCCUCCAUAGUGCAGGCGCUGGUCUCCUUGAUUGCUCCUUUGAAAUAUUAUAACGACUUCCGGCCAUUUUUCACAAUUCAUGAUUCGGAAUUCAAAGAAUAUUCAACAAAAAGCAGACCUCCACCACGUGUGAUGUUGGGAGUAACAAACCCAUUCUUCAUAAAAGCACUGGACCACUGGCCACAUAUACUUAAAGUAGGCGAAACUGUAGAGGGCUCUGACGUACCAGAGCGCCAAGAAAAAACUAGGAAAAAUUGGGAUGGCCGAACUCUUGAUACGAAGCCCGGUAUUUACACGCAGUACAAAACGUUUUUGAACAAGGAUAAGAGCGUUGCGAAGAAGCUAUUGAAGGGAGAUCGACCGUCGGAGGUCCAGUGUAAUAUACUACGUAGGCAUUUCCUCGAACUGACUCAAAGCUUCAUGAUUCCUCUGGAACGAUACCUCUCAUCUCUUAUGCCACUACGUAAAGAAAUGUCGCCAUUCAAGGCUAUCCCUAGUGCCCGUCCGUUCUCUAUUGAAGAAUUCUUACUUACUGUCGACGCCGCAGGUCCAUCUUUGACAUGUGGAGUCAAAGGAGAUUGGCCAGGAUUGUACCGUCGAUUUGUGAGCAGCCCCAAUUUUGUCGGUUGGCUCUCGAGUCGUACACGUGAUGUGAAUGCUCAACUCAAAGCUCAAUAUGUGGAGGCGCUAUGUUCUGCUGAUUUGGGAGCAAAGGUAUUGGCAACGAAGCAUCAUGUCGAAAUUGUGGAUUUAGUUUUGAGAGUACGGCAGCGAAUAAUUGAAAUGGAAGAAGCUAGUGAGAAAAGGCAUCAGCUUGGUUGUUUUGAGGGUUCUGACGAAACGCUGGGAGACCUUGGUCCAUGCGAGUGG